GAAAUUUGGCGCAAGCGCAGAAAUGUGUGUACAAAUUUUGGUUUCUAACCAAGCAGAUGUAGGAUUUAUUUAAGCACAGCUGUGGCAUAGGUAAGCCGAGCCAUGCCAGGAAAGCUAGAGUUUCGUGUUGUCCAUGUGUCUGGCCAAGAUGAUGGUUUCAAGGCCACUGAACUGAAUACUCAUUCACCCACCACCAAGGGGUGGCAGUCUUCAAGAUUCUGCCUUUAUCCACAAGACAUGGUUUUACAGUUAGACAAGAAAUCUCGAAUGAGGAAACUUCAGAUUCUUGUUCAUCAGUACAACAUUGCCACAAAGAUAGAGUUUUAUGUUGGAGAUGUUCCAGAAGACACUCCUGUUACACUUCAGAAUGCUAGAUAUACACGCCUGGGGUAUGUCUGCAUGUCAGAUAACGAGAAAACGGGCUUCAAAGCCAGGGAGUUGAAGAGCGUGCACGUGGAUGCUGUCGGCUCCUUUCUUAAACUAGUCAUUCAUAAAAAUCAUGUCAACAAGCACAAUUUAUAUAAUCAGGUUGGCAUCAUAGCGGUGAAUGUGAUAGGAGAUGAGAUCAAAAAUAUUUAUGACCCAAGUAACUUGGAAGGAGAUCCGUACAUAGAUGAUCCCAGAUUGAAGCAGGACCCUGCCUUGGCUGGUUUACUGAAUAAGCCAGAUUAUAUCUCUCCACUGGACGAUCUGGCAUUUGACAUGUACCAGGAUCCUGAAGUGGCACAGAUUAUCAGGAAGCUUGAACGCAAGAAGCAAGAGGCUGUUCUAGAGGAAAGAUAUGACUUUGCCAAGAAGGUGAAGCAGGCAAUAACAGACCUACAAAAGGUGGGAGAAAAGUUAGGUAAGAUGGAAGUAGAAAAACGCCAGGCGGUGGAGAGCGAGGAUUACGACAAAGCCAAGUUAAAGAAGGUGCAGAUGGAUGAAUACAGGCUUCAGGUGUACAAACAGCUUCAACUCCACGAUCUGCUGGAAGUUUCAGGGUCAAAGCAUCCUCAGCCAGUGACCAUUGAACCUGUGAGGCAGCAAACUCCACCCCCAAAAUUGGAGCGACUGGAGAAAACACCAACCCCUCCCCCUCUCCCACCUCCAGAAAGCCGCUCGGGAAAGCUCCCCUAUGAUGAGAGACCUCUUCCAGCUUUAAAAAAAACACAAAGCCCCAGAGAUGUUGAAGACGAGGCUGAAGGAAGUGGCUCGCCCCCGCCAACUGCCAGACAGCCCCCUCCAGCAGAAUCGCCGCCUCCGCCAUUGGAUGAAAGUGGUGGCACUGGCGGAGGAACAGGGGGAGGAAUCACAGAAGGACCAGAAGAAAUGAGUGAAAAAGAUCUCCGCGAGGCCAGCAUUCUUAUUGACGUGUUUGGGCAGCCAUUGGCUGCCAAAGCCUAUUCCAAAACUUGGAGUUUCCGAGAAGAUGCCAUAAAUUCUGUCCAAAAGGAGCUGCGCGACCUACCUACCAGCUCUCCUAAAGAAGAGACCAGAAACAUGCUGCGGGCAGCCAUUUUUCUAGUUCAACGAGGGAUCAAGGAUAAAGUGCAAGCGGUAUUCAAGGCAGCCCUGAGUCUUCUGCGGUUUAUUCUCAAAGAUUUUAUUUCAUUGCACAAACUUGGCAAAUCAGAAACUUCUUAUGCUGUUGAAAAGACGCUUCCAGGCUUAAUACAAAGGAGCGGAGACACAGCUGCUAGAAUCAGGGAUGAAGCCAAAGCAUUUGUUUUAGACAUAGCACAAUACCCAGAUGUCAAGGCUACCCACCUUGUACCCAGUGAGUGUACAAAGCCAUUCAAGCCCUCAGCGGCGCCCCGCCUCUCACUCAGCAAGACAGAGAUAGUAGAGCAGCUUUACCGAGACUUAGGAUUGGAAAACAACGGCCUGACAGUUGACAACUUGAUGAAGUUUUGCGUGGCUGCUCUGCAGCACAAUAAUGGGGAGAUACGCCAUGUGGCCGAACGCAUCAUCAUAGACUUGUACAAGACAGUUGGUGCUCCCGUCAAAGACUUCCUGCCACCAGAUGAUGAUAAAACUAGGAAAAACACUCUCUACAGACAAAUAUUUGAGGCCUUUGAUAAGAUUGAUGGGAAGCCUUCGAAAGAGGAACUGAAGAGACAGAAAGCAGAGGAGGAAAAGAAGAAAGCAGCAGAAAUUGAAGCUCUCCAGGCUCAGUUAGCAGCUUUAAAAGAUCUCUCGAAAAGCAGUGGGCCUGCUGAAGAUACUGGGAAGGGUGGAACCAAUGUGAAGCUGCCUAACAAGCUUGGCGGAGACAUCAAUAUACAUAUCAGUGUUGUUCCCAAGGAUGAGAAAAAGAAGCCAAAGGGGGCGCCACAUGCCAAGCCCAAAGUCAAACCGCCACCCGAAGAGGAUGACACUUCAACACUCUUCCAGAUUGAUAAGACUUGUAUAUUUUGUGGAGAGAAAGAUGAAGCUUUCACUGAGGAAGGCUUAGAUGUCCACUACUGGAAGAGCUGUCCCAUGUUAAAACGUUGCACUGACUGCAAACAGGUUGUUGAAAUUGCCAGUUUUACAGAGCAUCAAAUAUCAGAGUGUGAGGCUAAGGGCAAUUUCUCCAAGUGCCCCAGAUGUACUGAGGCCAUUCCAAAUACAGAAUUUGAUCAACACAUCAAAGACAAAACUUGUAAUGCUGCGGUUGCUGACCAGAGUCACUGUCCCCUGUGUCAUGAAAAUAUCCCCCAGGGAGAGGAGGGCUGGAAGAACCAUCUCAUGGGAAAAGACGGCUGCAAGCACAACCCCAGGAGGCUGCAGGCUUUGAAUAAGGCAGGGAAACAAGCAGGGGGAGUAAAUAAAGGAAAGUCCAAACUUCCAAUGAGGGGGCGAGGAAGAGGGCGUGGUGGAAUACCCAAACGAUAACUCAUCUCUUUGACACCAGUGGGGUUUCACCAUAUUAACUUCUUGUUAAAUGUAAAAAAGGAGUUGUGUAUAUUGUGUCUACCAGGAGGAUUCCCUAAGGAGUCACAUUCAGGGUUGCCAGUAUUAUGGCAUUUGAAAUAUCUGUCUCUAUGUAUAUGUUGUAAAUCAUACCAGAAAAAAUUGAAAUAUUUAUUGCUAGUUAUGCAUUAGUAUACGUAUACUGGUGAAAAUGAUUAUUUGUUUUUCAGAAAAUAAUUAUAAACUUUAAAUCAAAGGCCAUCAAUUGAAUAUUAAGAUUUGUGAAUGAACUGGCAGUCCAAAAUGUUAUAUAUAAAUAUUGCGUGUACAUGCAUACACAAACACACACACGCAUGCACACACAAACUUUUUUAGAGAAAAAUCUCAUUAUAUUAUAUCAUAUAUUAUAUCAGGGAUGGGAUGUUUUUCCUUCUUGUGGAGGAUUUUAUCCCUUUUAGAUGGAACUUGAAGUUUAAAGGUAGAUUGGGUUUUUUGUUAGUGCUAUAGAAAACGGUGGGGUGGGGAGGGGAGGGUGGUUGUUUUGGCAGCAGAAUUUAGGAUACCCUGCUCUAUUUACUGAAGUAUCUAAAUCCAUAAGCUAAUAGGCAGAGAGUUACUGGUAAAUAUUAUCAUUACAAUUAUGUCUUGAUAUAUCUACUGAAGGUAUAAUCCACAUUUGAUUAAUACUUUCAGAUUUUAACUUUCAAAAAAAUUUGUUUUGAGAAGAAAUAUAACCAUUUCAUUUGGUUACAAUUUACAAAAAUUAUCAUAUUUAAAAGCAGCUACAUGUAACUCCAAAUGCCAUAGAGUUCUUUUGUAUGUCUCCAAGUGUCAUUUUUUGUUUUUGUCACUCUGUUUUGUUAUAUUCUGCCAUUUCAGUGGCAGAUAUGCUGCAAAUAAUGUUUUAAGUUCUUUGAGUGUUCCUGUGAGUAAGAUGCUGGCAUCACUUUUCCAAAGUGGUCAUUGGUUGUUGAACAAGUACAGGUGGUGGUGUCCAUGUCUUUUCAUAAAUGCAGUGACUAUUUUUUUUUUU